CUUAAUCAGCAGCCGUGUUAUCUGAUAUAGGCGCCGUAAUGUCGUCGGCUGCCUUUUUGUUGCUCUGGUUAAAUAUUUUCUUUGGCGUAUGAGACUUCAUGCUCAAAGACCUCGGAAGUACAAUGCAGUCAAGAAGUUGGCAGUCCGCAAGUUCCAAUGCGUAUACUAGUAUAAACGACAACAGCGCGCUUGUAAAGAAGAUGCCCAAUAGGGUAUUCGUAGGAGGAUUACCCUUUGAUACAACUGCAACAGAAUUGAUAGAGUUUUUUACCAACUUCGGAGCUGUUCUGGACGGAAAGAUCAUAUAUGAUUAUGAAAAUGUUAGCCGAGGAUAUGGAUUCAUAACGUUUUAUAGAGAAGAAGACGUAGAAAAAGUCUUGAAACUGGGAGUGAUUUUUUUCAAAGAGAAAAGACUGAAAAUAGCAGAAGCAUUCCGAAGAUUAAAAAAACGAUAUCCUCAAAGACCAGCAUUUCCUUCACCUGUACAGAUGACUUUUCCAGCCAAGCCGCAGUAUCUACAAUCGGAGCAGGUGACGCAAACACCUAUCAAAUGUUACACCCAACCACAGGUAUACCACGAGAAUAGACCAACAUAUGGUGGACUGUGGCGUUGUGCUGUUGUUGAACAAAAACUCUUUCAAUAAAAGUCAAGCAUAGCACGGAUCUUUGAUAGGACAGCUCGUAAAAAAUUCUUCAAGAGCCACUAUAGAGAACAUCGGUUAUCUCGAUGUUCAGGAAGAAGUUGGAACUUGAAAACGUUUGUAUCCGGCUACGAAAAGACGAGGAAUGUUAUGAAUAAUUCUUCUGAUUUUAUUUGGCCACGAAAAGAGUAAGGCGACGGUGUUUAACUUCCCUUCGACGGCUCAGUUGGACCCUUUAUCUGAUAUGUUAUCGUUCCAGUGCUUCUUCGUGCAGUCUAGCGCCAAGUCGCACCACCACAAAAAGCGGAUCGAACAAUUUUUGUUAUAAGUUUCAAAAUAUUUCAAAAGUUUAAUCAGAGAACGUUACUUGUAUUUUUGCUGGCUCUAGACGGAAAGCGGAGAACCAGGGCCCCGUUGUACAAAGAGUGAAUAGCGCUAUCAAUUGGAUAAGAUUUAUCAGUCGGAUAGCGCUACUUAAUCUUCGUACAACCGGGCCCAGGUUGCUUACACCAGCCAAUGAACUAAAAUAAUCCGUUUUUUAAAGCGAUCGUAAGGAUAGCUACAAAGACCUUGGUUAUAUAGACCAGCGCACACCGCAAUGGAGCCUAUCACGUACUAUCUUAUAGUGCCCCAGCAUGUUUUACGUUCUUAGUAUAUUUUACAACCUUUCAACUGUACAAGUGGGGGAGGGUAGGGUAGGUGAGGUUUCGUGACUUUAUCGUAGUGUAAAACAUGCCAGUAGGUCGUACCAAACGUGAUCGAUGCUUUAUUCCGUAGCAUUGCUCAGUUUGUCUUUUUUUAAAGUUAUUCAUGUCGUUAAUAAAAUAUUACCCUGGAAACGGAGUGACAUCACUGGACACUUUGUUGAGCAGACUGAUAUAUAUAUACGUACCCUUUCGUUCAAUAGACCUUUCCAUUAUUCGCCUGAGUCCACAGUCCAGAUCAAGGUUGAGUGAUUGAUAGUUUCAUACAUUUACAACAUUAUUGAGUCCAACUUCGACCUGGCCAGAAACAUUUGUUCACUCUGAAAGCCAAAUUGGGAGGAACGUUCUAUUCAAACCUGUACGGAACUCAUUUGAUAAAUAUAUAGGCGACAUCAUUGUUUA